AUGGAUUCGAAUAAAUUCGAACAAAUAGGCCUGAGCUCGUUCUACAAUGCCAUACCAAUUCUUGAUAAUGCCAACGACUGGACUCAGUGGAACCAAAAGGUCAAGGAGUUUCUUCGUAUAUCUCCAGUGGCUAAAGAUGGACCGAUCCCACCUAUGGAAGAGGAGGAGGCACAGCAUUGGUCCCACCGCCAGACAUUCUAUUCGUCAAUGAUUGCGGCAAAGCUGACCCACAAUGCGGCUCAGCGGAUAAACGCCUUCGAAAUCACUCGAGUCCAACACCUGAUCAAGGCGGUCAAAGAAAAUUUUAAACCAGAGGGCUCAGGGACAUAUGUCAAUCUUCAGCGAAAGUACAUGUCUCUUACCCGAGCAAAGUGUGGGAGUGCACAAGCCCUCGGCGCCGAGAUCAGAAAGAUCCACGCGGAAAAACUCCUGCUUGACCCCGCUUGUGUCACGUCUGAAAUCGAACGAACCUUCUUUUUCUUGCAUGCUCUAGGUCCGGAAUAUGAGAGCUUCCGCGACCAUGUUUUCAGACAAAUGGAUAUUACACAAAUGCGCUUCCUGCCUUCACGCUGA